AUGCGCGCGUUGGGCGCGACGGCGGGGGAGAACGAACACGGGGCGACCGCCGAUCCCUCGCCCUUCUCCCCGACGGCGCGGACGACCGUGGGCAGCAAACCCCCAUCCGUGCGGAAGGCGCGGCAUGGCGGGGAGACCUUUCCACCCCACAAAAGUAACUCCCCCGUUGUGAGCACCACCAGCUACACCGCGGCCUCCUCGAACGAGUCGAAUUCGCCGUCCACGGGUGGGGUUCACGCGCAGGCGCUGGGCUUCCUUUCGCGGAUGCAAAAGGAAGUGGCGGCGAUUCACGCGCUCCUUCAACAGCACGCAUCUGUGGGCAUGGCGACGGCUUUUGCGCCCACGAGACCGGCCGGAUUUAAUUGGCCUGAAUAUUCAUAUAAAUGA